AUGUCGUUGAAGGCAAUCUCAGCCAAAGAUGCCGCAUCACUUGACAAAGACCUCAUGGAGGUCGGCGGCUGGUCUCUGGACCAGUUGAUGGAGCUAGCAGGCCUCUCUGUCGCGGAAGCCGUCUGGAGGGUCCACCCCCCAAGCGCAGGCAAGAAAGUUCUAGUCGUCUGCGGACCAGGCAACAAUGGCGGGGAUGGUCUCGUAGCAACUCGCCACCUAGCCCAAUUCGGCUACACCCCGUCUCUGUACUACCCAAAGCAGGGCAAAAAGGAGCUUUACGAACGCCUCAAAACCCAACUGCAUAACCUCUCAGUCCCCUUCGUUGACGACUUUGAACCAGCCCUGAAGACGGCAGACUUCCUGGUCGACGCCAUCUUCGGCUUCUCCUUCGGCGGACCAUUGCGUGAUCCAUUCGACAAAAUCGUCUCGCAAAUCGAGUCCGCCAAUGUCCCGGUGCUGAGUGUCGAUGCGCCCAGCUCAUGGGAUAUCCAGACCGGACCACCGAAGGAAGGACCCGGUGCGAAGUUCAUGCCGCAUGCGUUGAUCAGUUUGUCUGCACCUAAGCCGUGCGUGGCAUUUUAUCACGGCAGGCAUUUUAUCGGUGGUAGGUUUUUGACGAAGAACAUUACUGAUAAGUAUGGGCUUGAUUUGCCCAAGUAUCAGGGCGUUGAUCAGGUUUUGGAGAUUGGGGUUGAUGCGGAGGGCAGAUUGUAA